AUGCCGCGCAAUCCCAAGCGCAGCCUCGAAGAGCUCGCUAACAAAUCCGAUUCAAAUGAUGAGGAUUGGAGUGAGGAAUCGGGGCGCGCGACGCAGCGCACUAGCCGCAAAUCCAAGUCGAACUCGAAGAAGAGGUCCCGACCCGCUAAACGACGACGCCGCGGCUCCGAUGACAUUGUCUCGGAUGAUGCGAGCUUGAGUGAUGAUGAUCUUUCUGUCAUGGAAUCGGAGGAGGAUUCGGAUGAUCCCGACGUCGAACGCAAUGCACGAGGAACGGCCCGUCGACGGACCACACAAGCCCAGACGACGUACGAGGAGCCAUCCGAUGACGAGUCAUUUGGAGAUGACGAAGAUGACGAACCUGAGGUUGGUUCGCCUUUGCCGCGGAAGAGUACGAUGGUGACACUGAAGCUGCGCCCCGAGAUUCUCUCCCAGCCUCAACUCAUGACUCGACGCAUUACGCGCCGUACCAGAGGCGCGUCGGAAGAAAUGUACGCGCUGACGAACUCGGGACACCAUAUGGAAACCGUUGAGCGAGGCACAAUGAGCCCUGAGACGGGGUUGUCACGAAGACGGGGUAGCCGGGCAUCGAAACAGCCCGUUAUUCACGAAGAGACUGUUGAAACAUCGACCGAGAUGCAGGCUUCGUUAGAGAUUUUGGAGAGCGAUGCACCCCAGAGUGGUCCCGAAGGGGAUACUGCAAUUUUGGCGGAAGAUACCCAAGAUGUCGAGAUGAUCACCGAAGGGGUCGUUCCGGAAUCCGAGAACGGGGACGUGAAGAACGAUAAUGACGACGAAGACGAGGAUGACGACGAAGUCCCAACCACUCGACGCCGAAGCCGGCCCUCUCGCAAUGCUGACCAGGACGACGAGGAUGAAGGGGCCGAUGCCGAAGGCGAAGUCGAACCCGAGGUGUCUGAUGCAGCUCAACCUCGCCGAUCCAGCCGCAAGAAGCCUUCAUCUCAGCGUAAGGGCCAGGAUGAUGAGAGCGACUUCGAGCCUGAAGAGGAAGAGUCGAAUGAUGAUGAUGAAUCCGUCUCUGGGAAGUCAGGCCGUUCACCCCGCAAAGCCAGCCAGAUUCGUGACGAGGAGGAAGAUAGCAGUACUGUCGGUCGUCGCCCCGGCCUGCGCAAGCGCCCAACCCAAUCCCGAGGCCAGUCCGAAGUCGCAGAUGAACUUCGCGAAGAGCUGCAAGACCUCAAAGGUGGCCGAUCGAGACGCCGGAUCGAAGUAGAGACCGUCUACGAGAAACCGCGUCGCAACCGCAAGGAUGUUGAUUAUCGCCUCAUUCGACCUGAAUACUUCCAGACCUUUGAUGAUGCCGAAAAUGAGCUGAUUACUGAGUCUCCAUCCCGCCGCGGUCGUGGUGGAGGCGGCAGCAGCUGGCAGCGAACCCUGUUCCCGACAGCCGGUCCCUUUGGUGGUGGUGGCCCGUCGGCUAUCCUUGGCCCCGCUGGCGCCCCUGCUGCCACUGGCGGCGUGGAUAGUGACAGCAGUGACGAUGAAAUGCUCCAGCAGCCCAAGCCUGCUGGCCUUUUAUCUGGCGGCGGCCUUGUCCCGCAAACCCAUUCCGGGGAUGUCAAUCAGAAUACCUCUGGAACACCGGCGAACUUCGGCAAGAUUAAGGACCGACAGGCUUUGGCGGAUGCAGACCCGCUUGGUGUGGAUAUGAAUGUCAACUUUGACAGCGUUGGCGGUCUUCAGGGACAUAUCGACCAAUUGAAGGAGAUGGUUUCUCUUCCAUUGCUGUACCCCGAAAUUUUCCAACGAUUUCACAUCGUCCCUCCCCGUGGUGUCCUGUUCCAUGGUCCGCCCGGUACCGGAAAGACGCUUCUGGCUCGAGCCCUAGCAAACAGUGUCAGUUCCGAAGGUCGCAAGGUGACGUUCUAUAUGAGGAAAGGUGCAGAUGCCUUGAGCAAAUGGGUUGGAGAGGCCGAAAGACAGCUUAGGUUGCUGUUCGAGGAAGCCCGGAAAACCCAACCCAGCAUCAUCUUCUUCGAUGAGAUUGAUGGUCUGGCCCCUGUUCGAUCAAGCAAGCAGGAACAGAUCCAUGCUUCCAUCGUCUCAACCCUCCUGGCGUUGAUGGAUGGUAUGGAUGGCCGAGGUCAAGUCAUUGUUAUCGGUGCUACCAACAGACCCGACUCAGUUGAUCCUGCUCUUCGCCGUCCUGGCCGUUUCGACCGCGAGUUCUAUUUCCCUCUUCCCAACAUCGAGGGCCGACGUGCUAUCCUUGAUAUUCACACCAAAGGCUGGGAGCCUCCUCUUCCCGGUGACAUUAAAGAUGAACUUGCCAAGAUCACCAAAGGCUACGGCGGUGCUGAUCUACGGGCCCUCUGUACAGAGGCAGCCCUGAAUGCAGUGCAAAGGAGGUACCCUCAGAUUUACAAGUCCGACAAGAAGCUUGUGAUUGACCCAAAAAAUAUCGAUGUGAUCCCCAAGGACUUCAUGCUCGCAAUCAAAAAGAUGGUUCCCUCAUCGGAACGAUCCACCUCAUCGGGAGCAACUGCGUUGCCGCAUAUUGUUGAACCUCUUCUCCGCCAAUCACUACUUGAAAUCGAAACUUCUCUCUCGGAAAUUCUUCCUCAGAGAAAGAGAUUGACUGCUCUUGAAGAGGCUCAAUAUGAAGAGCCCGAAGAUGGCAACGGCUUCAAGCGAGAACAGAUGAUGCAAGAAUUUGACCGAUCUCGGGUUUUCCGACCAAGAUUGCUCCUCCGUGGCUCACAGGGUAUGGGUCAACAGUACCUUGCCGCCGCUCUCUUGCACCAUUUCGAGGGUCUACAUGUCCAAGCGUUUGAUCUACCCACUCUGCUUAGUGAUUCCACUCGAUCUCCUGAAGCAACAGUUAUCCAGCUCUUCUCAGAGGUCAAGCGACACAAGCCAAGCGUGAUCUACAUCCCCAAUAUCCAGACAUGGAUUGAAACCGUUGGUCCUGCUGUCAUUUCUACAUUCCUGGGUCUCUUGCGAUCAAUUCCUGCCUGUGACCCUGUUCUUUUGCUCGGCGUUCUUGAAUCGACAGGGGAUGAUAUUGAUGCUGGGCUGCUCAAGAAUCUGUUUGGAUUCUCGAAGAAGAAUCUCUAUGAUCUCAGUGCCCCCGGUUCCCAUGAACGGUAUGAAUUCUUCGGCAAGCUUAUUGAAUACGUCCGAACCCCUCCAUCCGACUUCCCCGAUCCUGAAAACCGCAAGAAGCGUCAGCUUGAAGAAUUGGAGGUUGCGCCACCCCCGGCCCCACAAGCUCAAAUACCCCCGACCAAAAAGGAGCGCAAAGCCCAGAAGAAGAAGGAUCACCAUACCCUCAACCUUCUCAAAAUUCGCAUUCAGCCGAUUAUGGACCAGAUUAAGAAGUACAAGCGUUUCCGCACUGGUGUGAUCGAUGAUGCCCAAAUCCGGUAUUUGUGGGAAGAAUCAAAUCCCAAUAUCGUCACCAGCGACAUUCCUCCUGAUCCCCUGACCAGCCUUCGACCAUUUGAGAUGUGUACCGACAAACACGGUGUCCCUGGUCUCCGCGAGGUUGUGUCUAACAAAUUCUUUUACAAUAUGGAAAUUGUCACAAUGGAGAAGCGUCUGUCGAAUGGCUAUUACAAGCGUGCUUCUGACUUUUUGGCCGAUAUUAAGCGUAUCGCGAAGGAUGCUCACCAACUCGGUGACCCAGAGCGCAUUCUACGCGCGAAUGAACUACUAUCUAAUGUUGAUGUGGAUAUCGCUACCAUUGAACAAUCCGACCCGGCCUUAAUGGCAGAGUGUGAGAAUGUUCAUCUUCGGGAACUGGCUCGCGAGCAAGAAAGGAUAGAGGCGCAGAAGCUUGCUGAACAGGAGGCGGAGGAGCAAUCUAGAUCUCAGACUGCAAAUGGAACUCGCGGGGAUGAAGCAGAUACGUCAUCUGGUGCUGCUCGGCCGGACGAGGUCAUGUCUGAUGAUAAUGAACGCCCCACUACGCCUACACGCCAACCGAAUGUCAGUUUCACCAACGGUGAACCGUAUCCAAACGGUGGUGGCUCGGAUCUAAAUGAACCUGGUCCUCAGGGACAGACCAACGGCGAUAGUUCGCACGGUCAUGGAGAUGGAGAUGGAGAUGUUCUGAUGACGAAUUCGGAAGAUAACUCUGGAAGCAAAGAUACCCAGAUUAGCUCGUUUGGGCCCUCGGCGCAGCCAUUACCCCCAUACUCGUACACCGCGCCAUCUCAGCAGGUGCGCCGGGAGUCGGGGAUGUCGAGCUUCUCGCAAACCAACCCAAUGACGCCGAUGGCAGCGGGAUCCCAGCCAGCCGACUACACCAACGAGGCGUCUACCACCCAGACGACUUCGGACAAGAAGUCAUCGGAGCAUGACCAAACCCAAAGUCUACAUGUGUCACGUCACGAUUAUCCUGAUCUCACUCAGUAUCCAGACCGCAUCUCACAGCAGGAGGAGCACCUGCCUGAUACUCAACAAGGUGGCAGCAGCCAGCCCUCUCCUCGCCAGGAUACUGCCCCGAAUGGCAGCCAGUCUCAGGCAAAACCCCAGCCUCCUCUGUUUGACGCAGACAAAAAAUCUGCUAUACACACCUCAGCCAAUCUACAGGCCUUGCUGAAUGAUGAGCCAUCCCCUGAGCUGGUCCUUGACAAGGAGUACCUCGAACAUCUCCACAACCAGCUAGCCCAGCAGACUAGUGGGUGCUCUGUUGAACAACUGGAGCAGAUCAACACUUGCCUUAUGGACUGUGUUUGGCGGAUGCGCAGCGAGUGGAACCGAACAAUCGUCGCUGAGAGCAUUACCGAGACGUUCAAUGCAGUGUUGGAGGAUAUGCUGUCCAUACAGGAGAUCGGACCCAUCAGUCAAAAUACCAAGCAGCAGAUGGCUAUUCCCAGCUACCGUGUGUAA